AUGACCGAUCGCCUCACAGACACGCAGAAGCAGGCUACCAGCAUAGACCUGCUCUCCAUCGAAGAUGUACCGGUGGCUCACGAAGACGAUCUCCCAGAUAUCUGGCCCAUCGAGUGGAGAGCAACUAAGCUCGAUUCCGCACUCGUCCUUUUCCACUUAGCGCAGUGCGACAAGGCCCUCGACGAGAGCGCAUGGGACGAUCUUGUGGUGAACUGGACAAGCGAAGAUAUGGCGGCAGUCGAAGCGCUCUUCCCAAGGAGAACAUGGCCCGAGAUGUUACCGUAUCCAAAUCUAGUUGCACUUCUCCCUGGAGAAGUUGGCUCCGGACCCCGUGUGUUCUAG